UCGUUCAUCGUCUUUCUUCAUUGGCUUAUACUAGGUUUCCGGCGACCGUCUUCUCUUCCCAAAGGCUUCAACCUCUGAUGCGCGUCCCCGUCCUUCCUACCGUUCAACAAGAUUCAAUUUUUAUCUUUUCUAUUUCUUUAAUCUUCGGCUCAAGAGCUUAUUAAUGGGGAAACCAACUGAGGAACUCGCCGCUCCGAUUAAAACCCAGUUCCCGGAAAGCGAUGACGACGACGAGGAGCUCUCUUCAUCUUCUUCAGAAGAGGAAGAGGAUGAAGAUCAAGAGGAGGAAGAGGAAUUAGAGAGAGAACUUGCGGAUGUUACGUUUGAGGAGCUGCAGAAAGCUAGGUCUAAUGGGCCGGUAGAGGUCACUUGCAAAAAGCCAGUUAGUAGGUUUCGAGAGGUUAUUCAAGCUCCUAAGAAGGUGGUACGUGAUCCUCGCUUUGAGUCGUUGUGUGGUACGCUUAAUGUGGAAGGCUAUAGGAAAAGGUAUGAUUUCCUCUACGAGAGCAAUCUUCCAGCUGAAAAAGAGGAACUAAAGAAGCAGCUAAGGAAAUCCAAAGACCCGGUAGUCGUCGAUCAAUUAAAGAAUCGAGUAGCUUGGAUUGACAAGCAGCUAAAGUUUGACACGACAAAACAAGUGGAAUCAUCGAUUCUCACCGAACACAAGAAGAAAGAGAGGGAGGCUGCAAAGCAAGGCAAACAACCGUUUUAUCUCAAGAAAUCUGAAAUUAAGAAACAAAGGCUCGUCGACAAGUAUAACAAACUCAAGGCAACCGGAAAGCUUGAAUCUUUCAUCGAGAAACGGAGAAAGAAGAAUGCUUCGAAGGACCACAGGGGCGAGAACGCAAAGAAAGGUAGUAGAAGACGCAAAAUAUUAAAUAUCCAGUUCUCCAAAUCUGAACAGAAAUACGUGGCUUGUCCUAGCACGACACGUGUCCCUGCUGUCCUUUUCGUUGCAGUGAGCCGGUCACCUAGGGAUAAAAGAGAGAUGGCAUCAGAGGCAUUUUUGGACUCCAAUUAUCUCUUCGCAAUGCGUUGCAUGGCAUCAGCGCAGGCCACGGGAGAUUUGAUGCAGUCUAUGAAUUCUGGGAACACGCUGCAGAAAGAAGGGCAUUUCCAAGAUGCAGUGGCUUCCUUCCUCAAUUCGUCGUCAUGUGGCGACAUUCCUGGUUCUUCCACCACCAGUGACUCCUCCAUUGUGCAGCAAGAGUCACAUUUGACCCAGAACCGAGCACAACCAUCUAAAAGAAAACAACAGCAAAGUGGCACAUCUCAGCCUAGAUUACCGAAAAAGAAGAAGUCAACCAUUGACCCCAACAAAAGGGAGCAGCUCCAUAAUCAAAGUCAGGCACACAGAAGAAACAAAACCGGACCUAGACAAGACACUGCUCUACUACAACAGCAAGCUAUGCAGCAGCUGUUACUGCAGAAUCCGGUUUCUUUGCAGUCACAAGGUCAUCAUAGUCCCCUCGUAGAGACUUUACCUCACAGGCAGCGGAGAACUUUUCAGCCAACGCAAGAACUACAUGAAGGAGUUGACUUAAAGCAACAGCAGCAGAAACAAGUAAAGGAAUACCUUCAACAGCUCGCAGUCAGACGUACACAAUCACAUCCACCUGCUCAGCUGUUCAACGCCAAUAGCAAUGAUAUAUCAUAUUGGAGGAAGUUUGUGGCAGAAUAUUAUGCUCCUUGUGCCAAGAAAAGGUGGUGUUUGUCUUCUUGUGAUAGUGUUGGACGUCAUGCUGUUGGAGUCUUCCCCCAGGCAGCUAUGGAUGCAUGGUGCUGUGAGUUAUGUGGUUCUACAUCUGGGAGAGGUUUCGAGGCCACUUUUGAAGUGCUCCCUAGACUUAACAAAAUACAGUUUGAGACUGGGAUUACAGAUGAACUUCUGUUUCUUGAAAUGCCUCGAGAGUGUAGGCUUCCUUCUGGAUCAAUGGUUCUUGAAUAUGGAAAGGCUGUGCACGAGACUGUCUAUAACCAAUUCCAUAUUGUUCGCGAGGGUAAAUUGCGGAUCGUCUUUACUCCUAAUUUGAAGAUAUCAUGCUGGGAGUUUUGUUCAAAAGACCAUGAAGAACUUCUGCCACGGAGUUUGGUCACAUCUCAGGUUAAUGAUUUCCUCCGAACUGCGCAAGAAUAUCAGACAGCAAUUGAUGGUAGUGGACCAGGAAAGACAUUGCCUGAUUUUCAAGAAACUUGCCACACGUUGUUGGCAGCUGGAUGCAGCCUCGAGAAAAACUUGGAAUUGCAGCUUGCCGGUGACAUGGGCUUUCCAAAGCGAUACAUUCGUUGCUUGCAGAUCGCUGAAAUUGUCAACAGUAUGAAAGACUUGAUGACCUUCAGUUGGCAGAACAAAACUGGAGCUAUCGAGAGCUUGAAGAGUUAUACCAAGAAGUUCUCGCACACUCAGGUGCAAACCCAAGAGGAAUCUGACUCGCUAGCAAAGGAGACAAGUCAGCAAUUGUCAACUUCUCAUUGCCAAGGGACCAUGAAUAAGGGUAAAGGUGGAGCCUUUACAAACUCUGACCAGGAAGCUUUGUCCGAUUAUGGAAGCUACGGUAAAUUACUAAGUCAGGCAUCCAACUCAGCUAUGGGCAGACCCGGGGAACCCUCUUACAUAUACAAACAGUUCAAUCAAGGCCCAUACCCCAAACCACUCCGAGGUUCUCCUCCAACUGAAAGCAGCCUAGUACACGAGCAUAUUAUGAAGCUACUUCAAGGAACAAGCACUAAGAGCCAAACCCUUGGUUGGAGUGAGAGGGAAGUAGUAAACCAUACCAUCGAUGACAUGCUUGCUGGUUUGCCAACAAUUUCCAAUAACAUGGAUGCUUCUUGUUCAAGAAAUAGGCUGUCUUCUGAUGUUUGCGCUUCAACGGCUGCCACUUCAGGAGGAAGUAUACUUGCUGGUUUCCUGGGGAAGACGCGAAACAUUUGGGAAUCUUCCAGUGGUUAUGCAGAUCCAGAUUUCAUCAGCAGCAACAAAGGAAGAAAUUCUCUUGAAAGGUUUGGUCCAUCCAAUGAACAUGACUUGUUCCGGAAGUUGCUCGAGAAUGGAACGUCUAAUGGUGUUUUUGGGGACUCCAUGAGCUUUGGCUGGAAGUGAUAAAGCAUAGCGCUGUCCUGCCCUUUUUGCUUAGUAGGAACUCCAGUGAAGGUAUACUCUGAAAGUUUUAUGAAAAAAUGCUUCAAAUAGUUUGAUCUGAUUAAGAAUAUUUUAGGAACCUUUUCCGCAGAAGUACUAACUUAGAUGUGGAAGAAUAGAAUGCUGUUGUACAUGGUUCUUAUUUGGUGCACAAAACUGUAAAUCAAUAGCAUCACAACAGUUAGAUCUUCAGAAAUGGAAGUUCUUUUCUCCAGUAAUAAAAGGAACUGAAAGAAUUACAUUGUAUGCGACCGAUAAACUGACAAAGAAUACAAAACCGGAAUAUACACAUUGCUCUACUUGAACACAUAUAUGACACAAGAGAUGAUGAGCUAUUUCUUCUCCUAAAACGAUCUUCUCUCGCUGCUACUAUUAUCAAAAGGUAUGAAUCCGCCUCAAAAAUGCUUCAACCUUUCUCUAAAUUUACUAGGCAAUACAAGUACAGUGUCCAAACACAGACCUCCCUUUGUGUGUGUACAAUCGAUCUGUGUCAUCGAGAACUUAAGCUUCGUCAUUGAAGCAUCGUUAUCUUUGUGGACGACAAAAUCACCAGCAUGGUACAAGUUCCACUUCCCGGUAUCAUUCAAGAACCGCUGUGAAGAUGCAUACUGACCGUUGGAAGUCAGUUCAAACCGAACUGGUUUUUUGUCCCAACCAUGGACAUGCUCAGUGUUGCAGAUCCUCCGACCAAACCUCUUAGCAGUUCGACCCAGCUGUAGCCUGAAGAACAGACUGUAGGUGCCUGCUGGGAAUGGGAACUCGAACUCUCCACCAACCUCAAACCACCAUAUCUGCUGAAGAUAGGCAACAGAGGAGAAUCUUGAUUCCUCGGUUGGAAUGUGGUUCCAGUAUCGUCGAUCAUCGAUGCCAGUUAUCAUUAAGCCCUUGGAUGCAAGAGAUAGACAGACACCGCCAGUCGUCUUAUCAAGCCACACUUUCUGCACAAACAUCAAUAGUAUUGGCAGCGCAAAGUCUGGUGUAAAUCUCUCUCUUGCUAAUCCUCUUCCCAUCAGCGUCUUCAACGCCCAACACUCUCUCCAUAAGGGCCCGAUAAUUCUCCGGCAACUUGGACUCCCAGACGAAAUCAGCCCAAGACGCGCCGCGACACGCCCUGUUGAGCGUCGCCAGCUUGCAAAUCUCGACGGGAUCCAAAUUAGCGAGAAUCGGCGCCACGCAGCUCUCCGGCAAGUCUCCCAGAGUCGGUCUCCGCGGCGGCUGUUGGAUUGGAACCGCGAAAGCGCCGAACAGAGAGCGAGCCGUCGCCGGAUCCAUGAAGAUCGAAGAGAUGUUAGCACCCAUCACGGCCCAGAGAAAGAAGAACACAGAGGGAAACCUAGAAACUUCGAUUCCAGGAGAGGGCUUUCCCAAUUAAUCCACGGAAAGGAAACACGGAAUCGACAGUCUAUGAAAUGAAGAGCGAAGCAGGCAGAACCAGAGGAGAGGUGGCAGAAGGUAGAGGAAUGGGUAUUUGUAGGCGAGACGCGUAUACAAAUGCGCAGAGAGACCCCGCACCCAAAAAUGAAGAAUUGUUUAAAGAAGAAAGGAGCAGAGAAGAAGCUUUUUGUCGCGGAUCGCCCUCUUGUUUGAGAAGGGGAUUUCAGCUAGGCUGUUUGUCUGUUU